GGGAUUGAGCGAUUAAAAUCAAAUGUUGGUAGUUACAUGAAGGCAAUGGCAAAAACUGUCCCCAUCACUUGGGUGGACUUUCAAACUAAGGUACAAGAAGCUGGGAAGACAACAAUGCGCAUGUCCUUGAAUAAGGUCACUGAGAUUGCUCUGGAAUGUGGUAUUAAUAAAGAAAACCUAAUUUACGUCCUCAAUUACCUGAAUGAUCUUGGAGUCAUUCUGUACUCGCCCACUAACAAGAAGUUGGAGAACACAGUGAUUACUAAUAUCCAUAUGCUGAUUGGUGUCUUCAUGAAAAUCAUCACAGACGUAGAACCUAAUGAUGCUAAAAAGGUUCCAGUGAUGGCGAAGUUUUGGCGUAAAUUGGAUGAAGGAGGGAUUCUUCAAGAACCGUUAGUGCGUUAUUUGUGGGAAAAUGAACUUACUGCCACUGAAGAUGAGGAUGACGUCAUCUUUGAAGACUUCAUCGAACUUAUGAAGGCAUUUGGACUUAUCUUUGAAAAGAAUGCAUCAGAAGAGGACGGUCGACUAUUUGUCGUUCCUUCUCGGAUGAAGACCGAGCCUGAUAAUAGAUUGGAGAUUAAGAAAGACGAGGAGCAAACAGUAUCCAUCUAUGUGACGCCUAAAGACUUUCUCCCCGACGCCAUCUACGAUGUCUUGGUCGUUAGAUUUGUGAACCUGAGUCAGGAGAGAGGUUGUUUUGAUGAUCCUGAGUUAUUUCAGAAUAAAUCUGAAAUAGUAUUUGAUGAUGAGCAUUACGUAAGGCUAGGACGAAUAUUCAUUGGUAGCAAACAGUGUCUAAAGCUUGAAAUAUCGCGAAUGAAAGACGCAGACGAUGCAGACAAGCCAAUAUGUAAGCCGCAUCCUACCAUCUGUAAGGAGGUUUUGGAUAUUUUAAAGCAACACCUAGAUGAGGUAUAUCCGUCUAAGAAAGUUGUCGGCUAUACUCUGAACAUACUUUGCUUCGUCUGUUUAAAGUCGGAGGAACCACAUUUCCAGGAUCUUGAAAAGUGCUUAAAGAAGAAGAAAAUGAAUUGCAAAAAAACAGGUGAACGUACAGUGAAGUCAACAGCUGAAGUACAGAGCCUGUUUGAAGCAGGUGGUUCUGUUGUACACCCAGUACAGUCAACUGAGCUUAUGACCUCUGAUAAAACAGGUCAACAAGUGACAAUGGAAACAGAUGAUGUACAUAAUACAUGUGCAGAAGAAUUGUCAAACUUCAGUGUGCUGAAAGCUGUUGUUUCAAGCUGGUAUGAUCGCCACCGAAGUCUUUCUAUGCUGAAAGUGUUGUUCAGAGACAAGGUGGACAAUCACAAGCUAUCACAAGUAAAUAAGACGAUGAACUUGCUCAAUAAUUUGAUUACACAUGAUCAUCUGAGUUCACGAAAUCUUGGACUCCUGUGUGAUACUAUUAGAGUAACCAAACAUUUAGGUCUUUUAAAGGAGAUUAAAGAAAAACUACCAUCAUUUCCGGAUGUGAGGGAAGGAAACAUUUCAACAAAAUUCACACCUCACAGACAAAAGCUAAUGGAAUUUGGAAUGGUACUGACCCCAUCCGAUGUGACGCAGAUCGAUGAGUUGUAUAAUACACCUCCUAAGGACUAUACAGACGGCUGGGAAAUGAUCACUGAUCUUGAAGACAGACUCAUAAUCAUGGAAGGAAAUAUGAAUAAAUUCAUUGAAUUGUUGAAAAUCCUAAAUCUCCGUCUGGCCAUGGACGCACUAACAACAUGAAGGUUGAUCAAAAUGGAAUUAUAACCAUGCUGAAAUUAUUGUACAAUGACGUUGAUCCGCUAGGCUCCACGACCACGUUGGACUUGUUGAAGUUAUUGAACCGCAAUGAAAGUCUAAAGUCGACUGACUUUAAAAUCCUACUGGAUAACAUUAUUGUUACUGAUACAAUGUUGUGAAGGGAAAGUCAGUGAUCUACUGUGUAAGGCUUUCCACGAAACCACUGUGACGUCAUUCUCAGUUCAUCGACAGAAUCUGAUCAAACUCGGUCGAGUAAUUUCAGAGGAUGACGUUAAGACGCAGGGUGGACUCUACGAUUUACCACCGAGUCGAUACAAAGACCAGUGGACACUGAUAUUGAAUCUGGAGAUGAGAGUAAUUCGUAGAAAUCAAAUGAAGUCAUUCAUUGAUGAUCUAAAUGAAAUUGGACUGAAUCAUGCAGCUACACAAUUAGAAAAAGAAUUAGAAUUUAUGACGACACCCAUGACGACAUCUAUGAUGUCAUCUAUGAUGACAUCUAUGACGACUGAAUGAAUGAAAAAGCGCAAUGUACAUCUCAUGGUCAGGCAAGGAGAUAAAUAUUGAACCGAACUCGGAAAAAUCUACUAAUAAUUAGACAAAACAAACAACUAUUAACUAUUAUUAUAGUAUUGUACACUUGUAUAUUUUCUCUAAAAUUAUUAUUCGAAAAACUGAUUAUGUUCGACAAAUAUCUCAAUAUGUUGUAAUAUAUAUAUACAUAUAUAUAUAUAUAUAUAUAUAUAUGUAUAUAUAUAUAUAUAUAUUAUUGUUGUAUAUAUAGUGAAAAACAAAGAUAAAAUCCUCUGUUGCCUAAAUGGUAUGACGCUUGACGAAAUCGCGAGAGAUUGUUGGUUCGAAUCAUCCCAUGAGGGACUUUUUUAAAUAUUACUACCAUAAUAAUAAGGAAUUUUCGUUGGUAAACUAUGUUUUAUAUGAUAUUAUCAUGUUUCUAUUUAUUUGAGCACUGUAUUAGGCUAUUUUCUAUUUGAUUUAUACAUUAUUUGUGUUCCCAGUGCUAAGCAGCAACUUGAUUGAAUAUGAUUUACCAGCUGCUACUAAGCUAUUAAAUAGUUUUAAAAAAUUGCUAGCCUAUGUGUGAGCCCUCAAGUUGUAUGAAAAGAUCUUUGAUAAAUACAUAGGCCUAUAUGCGUAAUAAAAACAGAGAUUAAAAUGAUUUCUUGCUUCAAACAAGGUGUCCAUUCGUAGAAGUCUUAUGAAGAUAAGCAUAUCCAAGUGAUAACUUUGACUUUAAAUUAACAUAGAUAGAAAUAUGUUAAAUACAGACACAAUGUACCGUGUAAAAUUUUAAUAAAAAUAUGAUGUAAUUAAGUAAUCUGUUAAUUAUUAAAGAAUAUAGGAAUAUUUACCGGAAAUAAAUAAUAAUAAUAAUAAUUGUGAUUAUUGUUCCACGUUUUUGUAGCAAUUUUGGACACUAUUGAUCAGAGGUUUUAAGCUUAAAAGGUGUUAAGCCUGCACGUUUCGUAAUUCGACAUCGAAUCCACAUAAAUAUUAGUCAAGGUAACAGCUAAUUAUAAUUGGAGCCAGAGUAAUUGGAGCCAGAGUAAGAAAACAAAAAUAAAUUUAAAACAUAAGUUGUAAGAAGUACAGUAAAACCAAAUUUAGUUCUUUAAAAGCUGACAUAAUUGCUGACUAUAAUAGUUUUGCAUAUUUAUUGAUUCAAGAGAUUCAUUGCACAUUUCUCAUAGAGUAUGGGAUGAAUGAGUUCAGAUAUCUGCUUGUUCUGUAUUUGUGGCACAUUAAGUCUCUUUCCAGAACGCAACCAGCUAUAAUUAUCGAAUAAAAGAUUAGUUUUUAUACAUUAUUA